UUUCUAAACGCCUGUUUCUUUUGCCGUCACUCUUUAAUCCGGGAAAAAGAGCCUUGUGUAGCCAAAAGACGUCGAAGAAGAAUAUUUUUUUGCAGACGACAAAAAGCUCGGAUGGCGACUUCGCCAUAGUGCGGAUGCAGAGACCGCCGGCUAACGGCCUGAACCUGGAGUUCCUGACGGAGCUGACCAUCCUGCUGGAGAAGCUGGAGGACGAUCACUCCUGCCGCGGGAUGGUUCUGACGUCUUCCCUUCCCGGGAUCUUCAGCGCCGGGAUCGACAUGGGCGAACUGACUCUGACUGCGAGCCAUGGUCCCGAGCAUGUGACAGCCUUCUGGCGAGCUCUGCAGACCUUCAUCAUCAACCUGUACCAGUCCCACCUGGUUACUAUAGCAACCAUCACAGGCCACGCCCCUGCCGGGGGAUGUCUGCUGUCAUUGGCCUGUGACUACAGAGUCAUGGCUGCUGGCAACUUUACCAUUGGUAUCAGUGCUGUGCGAGCAGGACUGUUCCCCCCAGCCUGGAUACAGAUGUUACUGUCAGACAUCAUCGGGAAGAGACAAGCAGAGUUGUCCAUCCUUCAGGGGAAACUCUACAGUCCUGAGGAGGCUCUACAACUGGGCCUGGUGGACAAGGUUGUUCCAGAGACAGACAUGAUGUCUGCGGCUGAGUCAGAGCUGCGUCAGUGGCUGCAGGUUCCAGACGCAGCCAGGAUCCUCACCAAGUCCAACCUCCGCAGAAAACUGCUGCAGGCUUUCGAACACAACAGGGAGAGGGAAGUCGAGGAAAUCACCAGAUUCAUUCAGACAGACUCUUUCCAAAACAACUUGAAGGAAUUUAUGCAAAAUUUGAAAAAUAAAAAGAGAUAAAA